AAAAAAAAAAAAAAAACACGCACACACACAGUCGCAUACACCUCCAUGAAAAGAGACGAACAAGACGACGACGACCAACAGCUUCCUCCUAUUUUGUGAUUAUUUGAUUUUGCUUACUUUCCUUUCCUUUCCCUUUAACCCCGUUUUUUCCUCUCUGUCUCUGCGCUCCAGUUCAUCCCUCCUCUCCUUUCCAUAUCUUCACGUUUCCCUAUGUCAUAGCUUUAUUUCACUCUUCCUCACUCUUCUCCUUCUUCUUCUUCUUCUUCUACUCAACCUUUUGGAAAUUUUUAUUGUACCCCUUUUGAGACUCGGUGGUAUUUUUCUCUCGGGAGGGCACGAAUGGAUCCGUGUCCUUUCGUGAGGCUAACUGUGGGUAAUUUAGCUUUGAAGGUUCCGGUGGCUUCUAAACCUGCUCGUACGGUGGUUCAUCCUUCUUCUUCGCCGUGUUUCUGCAAAAUUAAGCUUAAGGGUUUCCCUCUCCAGACUGCUGUUGUCCCCUGCAUUUCUCCCGACGGCCAGUGCCCUGACGCCGCCGCCGGCGGUUCGACGGCGAAUGCUCAGAACUUUGCCGUCGCGACGUUUCAUCUGAGCAAGUCCGACAUCGAGAAGCUCUCCGGGAAGUCAAUUUUCGGUUCUAAUAAGGAAUUGCGUCUCAGUAUCUCGAUUUAUACUGGCCGCGGUGGCACGACCUGUGGGUUGAACUCGGAGAGGCUGUUGGGGAAGGUUAAAGUGCCGCUGAAUUUGGCCGGAACAGAGUCCAGACCCGCGGUUUUUCACAACGGUUGGGCAAAUGUGGGGAAGAGUUCGAAAAGCGCCAGUGCCCAGUUUCACUUGAAUGUCAGAUCGGAACCCGACCCGAGGUUCGUUUUCCAGUUCGACGGCGAACCCGAAUGCAGCCCUCAAGUGUUCCAGAUACAGGGGAGCAUCCGGCAGCCGGUUUUCACUUGCAAAUUCAGUUUCCGUUCCCAACCGGACCGCAAUCAGCGUUCUAGGUCUCUGCCACCGGAGCAAAGCUGUACAAGAUCAUGGUUGAGUUCAUUUGGGAGUGAAAGGGAAAGGCCCGGCAAAGAGAGAAAAGGAUGGUCCAUCACAGUCCAUGAUUUGUCUGGUUCGCCUGUGGCUGCUGCUUCCAUGGUCACUCCAUUUGUGGCCUCCCCUGGUUCAGACCGAGUCAGCCGCUCUAACCCCGGUUCAUGGCUCAUCCUUCGCCCAAGUGACUGUACUUGGAAGCCAUGGGGACGGCUUGAAGCUUGGCGUGAGCGUGGCUCCUCCGACGGUCUCGGCUACCGGUUCGAACUCAUUCCGGACUCGGCUGCCGCCGGCAUUGUCUUGGCCGAGUCCACAAUAAGCAGUGGCAAAGGUGGGAAAUUCGUGAUCGACUUGGGCUCUUCACCGACCAAUACAGGUGGCGGCACCGUUAACGGGCGAACGACACCUGGCAGUGCAGCGUCACCGGCGGUCAGCCCGAGAAGCAGCGGGGAUUUUGGGUAUGGGUUGUGGCCCUACUGCAUGUACAGAGGGUUCGUGAUGUCUGCCAGCGUGGCAGGCGAAGGGAGCAGCAGCCGGAGUAGCGGUGGUGGUGGUGGUGGCAGUAACAAGAUUGUUGACGGUAAAAACAGUGGGGGUAAAAGUAAGAAACAACCGACGGUAGAAAUCAGUGUGCAGCACGUGAACUGCACGGAGGAUGCAGCAGCAUUUGUGGCUUUAUCAGCAGCCAUUGAUCUCAGCAUGGAUGCUUGCAGGCUUUUCUCUCAGAAGCUCCGCAAGGAAUUGUGCCCUCCUCAGGAUUUACAGUCCUGAUCGAUAUUUUUUACUGCUUCCUUUUUUUUUAAACCUUUUGGGGGAUAUAUGAUGGUUAUUUUUUAAUCCGUCAUUAAGUAUAGCUGGGGGUUUUAGUAGUAGUAAGUAGUAGAGUGGGGGUAAUUAGUGAGUUAGUACUGACAGUGAAAAAGAAGAGCUAUUAAGAAGAAUCCAUUUGAACUGUGUACAGCCUUUGAGAGAGAAGGAUUUGUUGGUGGUGGGUUUUUUUCUUAACUGGAAGUGGGCACCCUGUGUUUUUUUUUUUUUGUGAGGUGUAAUCUUUUUUUACUGGCUUUGGCUUUUUACCAUUUCUUGGUUGUAACUCAGGGAUGGUUUGAAUUCUGUUUAGUGACAUUAUUGCCUAAGUUCAAGUUGAGCCCUAAUUCAGAUUUCUCAUGAAUCUCUCCAUAUUUGUUCUUCUGAGAAUUAUUCAUUUUCAUGUUAUUGUUCCCCGUUGUGAAUGGUGAUCUACCUUUGGCUUUUUUAUGUAUAUAUAUUUAUUUUAUUUCUUCGAAAUGAGUUCGGAAUGAAGUUAGUGUAUGAUUUGUCUUUGUAUGUCCGUCCUGCCUAGUAGUAGUGGUAAUGCACUAAUGCUAGUUGGAUUAGAUUUAAUUAUGUUCACUUUAUUUUUUAUGCC